GAUGGUGUUCCCAGCAGAACUCUUCCCAGUUUCACGCUCGCCCAAGAGAACCAGCCUGACCUCAGGCAGACGUCGGGGAGCUUUGGAGAAGGACUGGUGGGCAUCUAGCUCAGAGCCCUGAGGACCAUCGCCUGGCAGGGGAAAAAGCAUAACAGUGACAUUUUGGAUGGGGCAGGAUUCGUCACUGUGGCAACCGAGAAAAUGGAGGAAAAUCGUCAAACAUGUUGUGAAAGGUUCGUAUUUCCAACCAAACCACAAUAUUUUCCUAAAUCUAACCAAGUAAUUUUGGUCCCUAAGCUUAACCAAGCUUCUGACAUGUACUUAUUGUUGUUAAAUUGUAAAUCAAACCGCGAUAUUUUCCCCAACUUCACCAUGUAGUUUUGGUGCCUAAACCCAGCCAAAAAGCAACUGAAAACCAAAAGCAAACAACGAUUUAAACUUACGUCUAAAAAUGAUGGUCCCACAUAUGAUGCAAAUGUUGGUUUCCUUGAUGAGAGUCCUUAUUAUGUUUCUUUCAAAACUUCAAUAAGAAUGCAGUUCAGUUGUAUAGGAACAUUAUUUUGUGUAGAGACAAAGUUUCCUCCAGAGGAACCCUAUUCAUGGAGGCAACCACAGGACCCAGAGGGUCUGCUGCCGGCAUCCUGGUGCCAGACGCCACAGGACGAUUCAAGGGGACUGGUCAGAGCUGUUUUUGCCACAUGAGGGGGACAUGUAAAAUAUUAGGCAGGUGGUUUUAAUGUUGUGGCCAAUUAGUCACUUUAUAUCACUUUCUAAGUACUGAUCACACCAGAGCUGGGACUAUUUUCAGGGUUAGCUGAUGAACUGCUGUCACAACAGUUACUGGGGUUAUGUCUUUUGUGUCAUUUGCCCACUGUUUUGUUCAUUUUGUUCAAGAAAAUGCCAUUUAACAGGGUAGUAGACUGUAACUUGCAGCUAUAAUUGCACAUUGUUGCCUCAGACCAAACAUUAGUCACAGCCCAAAAAUCUGGUAAUUUUUGCUUGAUUACUUAAUAUUCACCUUUUUUCACUGAAAAAGUCUAGAAACUUGGAAAUAUUUAAUUCAUCUACUCUUACUUUGAAAACAGAGUAGUGAUUUGUGCUCGUAUGGAUGAUAGGAUAUUAUGAAACAUUUUGUUGUGCACAUACUCUCAAAGAACUAAAAGUAUCAGAAACUAAGAUAUAGACUAUUUACUGGUGCUAGUGUUGCUGUAGUGUUAGCAUCUUACAAUACUUUAGAGGAUUUUCACAGGUCGCGUUGUCUAAUCUUGACAAAGUAGCCAUUUAAUUAAACCCCAACUUGUGCUUUUGCCAAUUUAACUCAGUUGUUUUUGUCUUGAAACCAAAGCAAGCUCUCAGCGGGGUCACAUCCAAAAACAGAUUUAUUUCUCAACAGAGAUUUGGAACAGUUUUCAAAAGGCACACACAAACGAUGUCCUCCUGCUGACAGAGGCAUUCAAUCAAAAAACACUUCUAUGUGUUGGCCUAAAGUGCUUUGACGAUCCAGAAACCACAUGAUUAAUUUGAGAAUUUUGUUGCACAACUCUCUGUUUAUUAAGAACAAACACUCAGACACUUAGAAAACAAGAGACGAGGACAGGACCGGCAGACUGGGAAGGCAAACACCUUUUUGUGGAGCAAACUGUAGAAAUGAUAACACACACCGAGCACUUCAAACGGAAAACCUCACACUAGUAAAUAUGACACCAUAAACCACACCACCAUGAAGAGUCAGUGAACACCCACCACACCUGUGACUGGAGAGACAGAAUUAAAACCCUAAAAUCAGCAACACUGCAAAGACUGCAAGAAUAAACAAUGCUACUGACCCAGCAAGCAAACAUACUGAAAUAGACUUCAGUCAUUGCGAUGGCUGUGAACAAACAAUGAACUGUUAACAAACUGGGAGCAAGAUAAACAUGAAUGACUUACAAUACUAAAUUAAUACAUUGCAUACAUGGCUACGGACCACUACUUUAUUUAGUGCUUCAAAAUAGAAUUCAGGGCAGAAGUGCUAAAAAUGUUGAUGUGAAAUGUCAAAUGUUCACCAUGUCGCCCCUCUUAGUUGAGCAUACUGAUAUUCAUUUUGUAAAACGGGACAAGAAAACGUUGCAGCCGAGGCCAAAGUAAAUGUCAUUAGUGAGGUAUUUGUUCAGUAAAAGCUAUGAAAUAAAAAAGCCAAAAGAUCAUCUAAAGGCCUUACAGCUUGUCCUCUGGGGAUCAUGAAUGUCUUUCAAUCCGUCCAUACAGCUGUUGAGACAGUUUGGACAAUCUGAACCUUCAGACUACCUCCUUGUGAAGGUGCAGUUUACAUCAUCUACAUCUAUCCAGACUAAUAUAUGUAGUAAAGAAGAAAUUUAACAGGUGGGCACCCAAGAUUAGUGUCAACAAAUCUGACCAGAUGUGAAACACAAUAUUCCACUCUGUUUUUGUGGAACAUUAUAAUGUCACAGUAAUACUGACCACUGACUAUUUGAAUAUAAAAUGUCAUGAUAUCAUCAUUUUGUCCUGCUGCAUAUAUGUAUCUUUGAAAUUUUGUUGUAAUCAGCGCAUCAGUUCUUGAAUUUAUGCCAAAAAAUAUGUUUGAGGUAAAUAUGACCUUUGACCUCCAACUUCUAAUCAGUUCUUCCUUCAGUGUAAGUUAACAUUUUGACCAAAUUUGGAGAAAUAUACAAAGAAAUUGACCUUCAAGUCAAUUUUUUCAAUGUAUUUUUAGACACCUUUCACUGGCACAGAAGAAUAAAAAAAACACUAGAGAAGAAAAAAUACAGUGCAGCAAAAUAAAGAUGCAACAAGCAAUAAUGAAUGUAAUGACUUUUAUGGCAUGUAUAAAUGUCCUCACAAAAAGAUAUUUCUAAAGUAAGCCAGUUACAGCCGUGUAUCAAUAACGCCAAACUGAACAGGCUUGAGUUUUAGAGACACUUGGGAGGAAAUAAAAUAGGUCUCCUUCUUUUCUCCAGGUCACAGUAUGAUUUGAAAAACUCCAGGAAAAACAACCAUUUUCACUUCUUAAUCAAAAACAUUACAGUGAAACAGGUACAUUAGAAAGUUAAUAAAAGGACAAAAUCAGACAUUGACAAAGAUAUUAUUGUUCUUAAAAUUCUCAACUGCACAACUACAGAAACAAAGAAUAUUUUUUUUAAUGAAAGUGCAGGGUUAGGUACAAAGGUCUCUGAUGCAUAUCUGUGUGAAAGAUGUUGUUCUCCCCAUGAUAAUGCUCAGUUACUUAAGCACAAAACGUCCCUGAGUGGGCUUGAACCACCAACCUUUCGGUUAACAGCCGAACGCGCUAACCGAUUGCGCCACAGAGACAGCUGCUGCUGACUUUGACUCAUGGGGCGUGGUCUGCCUGUCAGAGGCGUGGUCUGAAGUUGAAUCGGCAUCAUUCUACACUGACUCUUUGGCUAUUUAUCACUGUUUCCUAAAAUUGUUCAAUGUUAGAUUUGUUUUUUGGAAUUUUAAACAAAAUAGAAAUGCUUCUUCAGUCCUGUACAAGCCAUUGCUUUGCCUGUUAUUAUUUUGUUCUUUUUAUAUAAAGGUCAGUUUCAAUUGUCCAAAUUUGAAUUAAUUGUUUUCCAUUUUCAGGGCACACUGCAAGUAAUUAGUUGAUUAAUUAAUAAAUUAGUUUUUUUUAAUAGUGGACAGAUCAUAAGAUACACUCUCAGAUCUGAUGCGGCAGAAAAAAGUACACCAAACACUAUAUCCAUUACAGUUCGAUGAGUACCAGACAGCCUCUCUUAUGGAAGUGCCAUGCUCAGCAACUUUUUAAAAAAUGGCUUAUUAACAGAUGCAGUGGGGUGUCAUCACAGGGACCUGGGUGCAAAGGGUUAAGCUUGCAAAUGUACGAAACAGUGUCCCUAAUUAUUUUGAGACAAAAUCUUAGUCAGUGACUUUAUGUGUCUGAGCCCCAUCCAGCUGUGGGUUGUAAAGAGAUGGCACAUUCCACAUCCUGCUCCCAAGUUGGACUGACCAGUUACACCCACAGCAACACUGCUUCUCUACAGCGGUCUUAGACACACAAACACACAAAUACACACACAUGUGGCGCUCUUCCUUGCCUCCUGGGGGUAUAUAAGCAGAAGCAGGAGGCUCCUGGAUGGAGCAGCAGCAGCAGCAGCAGCAGCAGCAGCAGCAGCAGCAGCAGACCGACUCCAACCAGCAGCAACUUCUUUCUGCAACUUCAGCUGAGAUCCCCAACCCGACUUCUACGCCACCAAGUCUCUGAGGAAUCGCACACCCUAAACUAUCACCACCAUGUCCGAUCAAAGUGUCACCGUGACCCCUUCUCCUGCUCCCCCUCCUCCCACCGGACCUCGUCCCAAGAUGACAAACCGUGGUCGCACCACAGUUCCAAUUGACAGCUCCAACUCCAGCUCAACGGACAUCCCUGAGAUUGAAUACUUUGGUGUGCCGGGACCGAGAGGAUUUCCACCUCUGACUGAGUUUCUGGACAUCUGGGACGUGGACAUGAUGAAAAAGUCGGAUGAAAGCAACAAGAUGGAUCACCACACCAUGCUGUUCAACUCGGACUAUCUGAUCGUCCGUCGAGGACAAGAGUUCCAGGUCAAGAUCAGCUUCAAUCGUCCCUACAAACCUGCUGAAGACAAGUUCGCUGUGGAGUUUGUCAUUGGUUCCAGUCCUCAGUACAGCAAAGGCACCUACAUUCCUGUCUUCCCCACAAAGGAGCGUCAGAGCAGCUGGGACGGUCGCAUCACAAAGACCUCAGACAACGUGGUCACCAUGGGCAUCACCCCUGCGGCCAACUGCAUUGUGGGCAAGUACCACAUGUACGUCGCCGUGUUGACGCCUCACGGCAUCCGCAGGACCAGGCGGGACAACAGCCGAGACCUCUACAUCCUCUUCAAUCCCUGGGCGGCAGAUGAUGCUGUGUUUCUGAAUGAUGAGAAAGAGAGGGAGGAGUGUGUGAUGACUGAGAUGGGGAUCAUCUAUCAUGGCGCCUACGACGACGUGGCAGAGAGAGACUGGAACUACGGACAGUUCAACUUUGGAGUCUUGGAUGCAUGUCUGUACAUCAUGGACAGAUCUGAGAUGCCCAUCACCAACAGAGGAGACCCCAUCAAGGUGACCAGAAAGGCAUCUGCCAUGCUGAACUCUCGUGACGACGAGGGUGUGCUGGUGGGGAACUGGAGUGGUGAUUAUACCUACGGAGUGGCGCCCACUUCCUGGACCGGCAGCACCGACAUCCUGCUCAGCUACGCCAGCAGCAAGAUGCCUGUCUGCUAUGCUCAGUGCUGGGUCUACGCCGCUGUCUUCAACACCUUCCUGCGCUGUCUGGGCAUCCCAUCCCGGGUCGUCACCAACUUCUACUCUGCUCAUGACAACGAUGGAAACCUGAAGACCGAUAUAAUCAUGGAUGAGAAUGGCAGGAUUGACCGAAACCGUACCAAGGACUCUAUCUGGAACUAUCACUGCUGGAAUGAGUGCUACAUGUCCAGACCAGACCUCCCUCCUGGUUUCGGAGGCUGGCAGGUUGUGGAUGCAACACCCCAGGAGACCAGUGAUGGCAUGUACAGAUGUGGACCUGCAUCAGUCCAGGCCAUCAAACAUGGGCAGAUUUGCUACCCGUUCGAUGCUGCCUUUGUGUUUGCUGAGGUCAACAGCGACGUGGUGUUCUAUUCCCGGAGUAAAGACGGCACCAUGGAGCCAGUCAAAGUGAACCGGACUCAUGUCGGCCGCAACGUUUUGACCAAAACUCCCGGGGACGUGACCCGACGCGACAUCACCGAUCAGUACAAGUUCACUGAAGGCAGCACAGAGGAGCGGACAGCCCUGGAAAAAGCGGAGGAGUAUGGCUGUAAACGAGAGAAGUCCGACCCUGCCCUGGCUGAUGUGGAUCUGGUCCUGCCAACCCUGGAGAUCAGCAUUGGCGAUGACUUCGAGCUGAACCUGGAGGCCAUAAACCGCAGCGAUGAGCAACGCACCGUGGACGUCUACGUCAGUGGAAGUGUGGUCUAUUACACCGGAGUCACCACUUCUGAGUUCCUGUUCAGGACCCCCACAGUGAAUCUUGGCCCACAAAAAACUGUUAAGGAGACGGUGGUGGUCGAGUCAAAGAGGUACAUGAAGCAUCUGGUGGAACAGGCAAACCUCCACUUUAUUGUCACUGGGAAGAUCCGCGAGACCGGCCAGAUCGUCACAGCGAUGAAAGUCGUCACCCUGCGCAAUCCUAAGCUCACCGUUGAGGUGUCUGGUGAAGGCAAGGUGAGUGAAGAGAUGAUGGCGACUGUGGAGUUUACAAACCCCUUCAGCUUCAACCUCGAGGGCGUCUACAUUCGCAUGGAAGGGCCUGGAGUCAUGAUGCCCAAGAACAGAUACUACAGUCUGAUCCCAGCCAGCUCCUCUCUGACCUGGACCGAGCUCUUCACCCCAGUGAGGGCUGGAAAAACCCGGGUGAUCGCUACUCUGGACUGUCCCGCUGUCAGACAGGUCCACGGCCAGGCGACUUUCACCGUCAAGGCCUGAGGAUCCCUGCACGAUCACUGACGUCCAACAGCGUUCAGCUUCAGCUAUACUUCUGCCUAAGUAUGGGCCUUUAACAUACUUGUAUAACUGUAGGUUUAAAACAUGUAUGCAGUAGCUUUAGCAUUUACAGUAACAGUGGUGGUAGUUUUAAAACACUGCAGAGGCAACAGACUUAAAAGCAGCAAGUUCAUGAAAAUCUCUGAGAAAAAAAAUAGUUUAGCAGCCAAUCAAAUGCAAAGAAAUUCCGAAAUUUUGUUCAUGAACAAGAUGACAAUUUUUCACUGAAAAGCUGAUAAAUACAAAAGCAUUUUAAAGAUGCAUUAGUCAAUCACUUUCCAAAGAAUCACAACUUCUGCCCUGAUAUAUUAUCGCAGCACAACUUUAUCAUCCAAAGUCCAGUUUUUGCCCUGAUUUUAACUGAGGUUUCAUGCCAGUGCUUGAUAAUAGUCACCUGAAUCUCAUCUGGUACAGUGGACCGAAUAGAGCUGUUUCCUGAAAAUGACUGCUCCAACUUGUAAAAAUGUGCCGUAAAACCAAAACAACCGGACAAAGGUUACUAAAAAAGCUCAGCUUAUAUGCAGAAUUGAGUGAUUGUUGUCUGAGGAUAUGAGCGACUCUCUUUCACUUUACGUUAUGCAAAAUACAGAUUAAUCCAACUUUACCUUUGACACUUUAGCUCUUUGUGUUGACUUUUACCUCCGCAAUGCAACCAUAAUUCAGUUUAAAUAUCAAUGUUUCUUGCUACUUUGAACCAAAUAAAGGAUUAACACCUGCAUAAUGUUGUGACAUGUUUCCUAACUGUGCAUGUAUGAAUCUGUAGCUAUAUUCAGAGGUCAUCCUGACACUUUUACUUCAUUAGAAACCCAGUCUUCAACUUCACAGCGGCAGUGAUUUAACAGCGUUUAUUAAUGCUUAGAUUUGCUCAUGACUUUCCAGCCAAACCCCAUACCAUACAUAAAUAAUCUGAGCUAUAAUUCCCAGGUUCUUUAUAGGGCCAUGACACAGACUGUUUUGAUUGUCAUACUGUUCUCAUUUCAAGUUAAUUUCUUCUGUAAACAUCCUGCAUCAUGCACGUAAGUAGCUAUAUAUGAUUUAAUUUUAAGUAAACAUCUAAAAAUCAACACAUUAUCAGUAGAUUUCCUGUACUUCUGACAGAUUUGCUUGGUGUAUUUUUUUAUCAUCUUCCCCUCCCUGUCACUUGAAGGUGAUAAGAUACUCUGGGUAGGCUUGGUUAUCAUGGAAGACAACAUACAUGGAUGGGCUGUCUAUGCUGUCCACCACGCUGUCGUAGCGGUCAUGAUCCUCCAGGCUGCCUUCCACCUGUGGAGGAACCUUCAUGUUGCUGUUGCCCUGAGUGUAGAGGCCAGUCAGGACUCGAGCCACGAACAUUAACUGAGAACCAUCAUCUGCUGGCUUGGAGUAUCUGGGGUUAGCCGAGUAACUGGCGUUUAAGGCGAAGUAGGUUCCAUGACCAUAUGC